AUGGGGAAUUCGAAGAAGAAAAGCAGAUCAAUGGCAACACAAAGAGCUUGGAGUCUUGUAAGAAUGGCUCUUAUAUGGGGAAGAAAAGGUGGAAUCUUUAAGAGAUGGCAAAUGUUCGAGCUUCGUAACUUGUUCUCCAAGCAUCUUAAAGCCCUAGCCCAUCAUAAUAACGAUCCUUAUCUCUCACGUUAUGGAGAGAAACAGCUCUCUUUCGACGAGACACCGAUCUUUAACGUUAAGAUGCAUCGUCCAACAUCUAUGAGGUCCCUCUUGCCUUGCAUUGCUGCUCCGGUUGAUUUUGAUUACGACUUCGAAUUGGACGGUCAUGAUGAUACCGAUGAUGUUAGAUCCUGCGGCUAUUACAACGAUUCUUGUCAUGAGAAAUGUGAUCGUGAAGAGGAGGAAGAAGAAGAGAAAGGGGUCGAUGUGAGAGCAGAAGAGUUCAUUGCUAAUUUCUACCAACAAAUGAAAUUGCAGAGGCAAAUCUCUUAUUUGCAAUACCAAGAACACAACGACGUCGUAUGA